AUGCCGCCCAGGCAGCUCAGCACAACGAGUGGUGAUUACUGCACAAGCAAUCCACCAGAUGUGCGCCAAUACCUCCGCACCUACGGUCUGACUCCGCCAGCCGUUGAGAGCUUCGAAGUGCAGGCGCAGAGAUGUCUCCGGCUCCUGGCCAUGAAGCCUACGCCAAUUGAGAAAUAUCAGUACUUGACUCAUCUCCGGGCCACCAACGUUCACCUCUUCUACCGUCUCUUGUCGGAGAACAUCAAGGACCUGACUCCUCUCAUUUACACCCCCACCGUCGGCGAGGCCUGCGUUCGCUGGCACGAGAUCUUCACACAGCCGGAGGGUGUAUACCUCUCCUGGCACGACCGCGGCAACCUUAGAAACAUCCUCCACAAUUGGCCCCACAAAGUUGAAAUUACUGUGCUCACUGAUGGGUCACGUAUUCUGGGUCUUGGAGACUUGGGUGUGAACGGCAUGGGUAUUCCAGUCGGCAAGCUGGCUCUGUACACAGCCUGUGCUGGUAUCAGGCCGGAUGCAACGCUGCCAUUGACGCUUGAUUUGGGAACAAACAACCAGGCUCUCCGCGAAGACCCACUCUACAUGGGCGCCAGGAUGCCAAAGGUCUCCGCUGAAGAGGAGAGGGAGUUUUUGGAUGAGCUAAUGGAGGCUCUCACGGAGCAGUGGCCUGGCAUUGUUAUUCAAUUUGAGGACUUCAAGAAUCCCUUCCCCGCCCUCGAACGGUACCAAAAUACGUAUACCAUGUUCAAUGACGAUGUUCAGGGCACUGGUGCCGUUAUCGUCGGCGGUUUCAUUAAUGCCGUAAAGGCUUCUGGUGUGCCUGCUAAGGACCACCGAGCCGUCUUUUUGGGCGCUGGCAGUGCUGGCGUCGGUGUCGCUAAGCAGAUCGUCGAGUACUUCAUUAAAGAGGGCCUGACCGAGGAAGAGGCUCGCCGUAAGUUCUGGUUCGUUGACUCCCACGGUCUGGUCACUCUAGAUCGCGGCGACAAGCUUGCAGAGCACAAGGUCUACUUUGCCCGUGACGACAACAACGGUCGUCAAUACCAGUCUCUUGCCCGCCUCAUCGACUUCGUGAAGCCCACCAUUCUCAUGGGUCUCUCCACAAUUGGCGGCGCUUUCAACCGCGACAUCCUCCAGAAGAUGGCGAAGUUGAAUGAUCGUCCCAUCAUCUUCCCCCUUUCAAACCCCUCGUCCAAGUCCGAGUGUACUUUCGAGGAAGCCGUCCGACAUACUGAAGGGCGGUGUCUGUUUGCUUCCGGCUCUCCAUUCCCGUCGAUGGAGUUUGGCGGAAAGCUGCUAACUCCUGGCCAAGGAAACAACAUGUACGUCUUCCCGGGUAUUGGACUCGGUGCCAUCAUCUCGAAGGCCGUGUCCGUCACGCAGGACAUGAUUUAUGCUUCCGCCGAAUCCCUCUCAACCUCCCUCAACAAGCAGGAGGUUGCAGAUGGAUGGCUGUAUCCCGAUAUCCGACGCAUCCGUGAUGUCUCCGUUAUCGUGACUCGUGGUGUCAUCCGUGCUGCUCAGAAGAACGGCGUUGAUCGCGUCACUGAGCUGAGGAAUCUUUCCGACGCUGAGCUCGAUGCGUACAUCAAGGAGAGGAUGUACGAUCCCUUCAACGAGAGGGAAAAUGUUAGUGAUGAAGUCGCCCAACUCCUUGCCACUGCUUCUGGUAUGAAUGGCCAUGCCAGCGGCUAUACAAAUGGUUAUACGAAUGGAGAAGUGAAUACCGCUGCCGCUCACUUGUAA